GAGAAGGAGCCCAGAAGGCAGUGGUGAGGGACAUGGACCGAACACACCGGCAGCUGCUUUGCUCUGUGCUGCUGUGUAUCAUCACUCAGGUGUGCUGCCAGCCGUGUACUGGGCCAUGUCAGUGCUCUCCCAGCAUGCCACGCUGCCCGGAGGGUGUCUCCCUGAUGUCAGACAGCUGUGGGUGCUGCCAGCUGUGUGCCAGGCAGGGGGGCGAAGCCUGCAGCGCCUGGCUGCCCUGUGAUGCCUCCCGGGGCCUGCAGUGUGACUACAGCGCCAGCUUCCCUGGAGAGCCGGGACAGUGUGUCGGUAGAAACCAUUUGGGCUGUGAGCUGGAUGGCAGGAGGCUAGAGGAGGGGGAGGUGUUCCAACCCUCCUGUGCCCAGCUCUGCCACUGCCUGGGUGGAGGGGUGACCUGCGUGCCCCUGUGCAGCGAUGAGCUGCAGAGGCCUGCUGAGACAUGCUCCCGCCCUCAGCUGCUCAGACUGCCAGGCCGCUGCUGCAGGGAGUGGGUGUGUGACGGCCUGGACAACAGCAUCGCCUCAAAGCCAUCUGCAGAGGAGCCCAGGGGUGGGCUGUCCGGCCCGUCGUUUGGCUCCAUCUCCAACUGCAUCCACAGGAGCUCAGAUUGGAGCCCCUGCUCCCACAGCUGUGGCCCCGGUGUCUCUACCCGUAGCACAAACAGGAACUGGGCCUGUCGCCUGCAGACUGAGACCAGACUGUGCCAGGUCCGGCCGUGCCAGACUCUGCUGCCGGGGCUCCGCAGGCUGCAGCCGGGUUCGGGGGGCUGUGAAAGCAGCUACAGUUCCCCUCUGCCGGUACAGCUGGAGCAUCAGGGCUGUAGGAGCACCAGAGCCUACCGCCCCCGCUACUGCCCCUCCAGCUGUCCGGAGUGGCACUGCUGCAGCCCCUCCCUGACCAGGACAGUGCGGAUGGUUUUCCGUUGUCCCCAAAACAGGCUGACUCUGCAGCAGGUGAUGAUGAUCCAGUCCUGCUCCUGCAGCACCUCCAACUGCCGCCUGCCCCCCCCGACAGCAGGCCGUGUUGUCCUGCCCUGGCACUUUACAUGAGUAUCUGAAUUGACUGCUAGUUUGUACUUUUACUCCACUUCAACUCAGAGGUAAAUGGUGUACCUUUACUCCACUACUUGUAUUAAAUCCCUUUAGUUACUUUACAGAUCUGGAUAAAUGAUGGUAAAUAUAAUCAGCCCUUAAAUCAGACUUUGGUUCACCUGGAGUAAAUUCACAAGCUACCUUGCAGUAUACAAAGCCAUUAAAACUAGCUGCACGAAAACAAGAUAUGAAAAUAUCUGUGAGAAUGUAUCCAGAUGUUUUUAAACAUCUUACAUUUAUAAAGUUGUUUCUAUCCA